UCACGUUGUUAACGCUCAAUAGGACAGGAAAGCAAAAGUUGCAGAUGUCGAGUGAAGCAUCGCAGAAGAACACAGUGGAUGAGUUUAUAUCAUCAAACCCUAAACCUGCUGGCCCCGAUAUCUCCGACCUGAUGAUGGAUCAACUAUGUCUCUCACCAGAAAAGUUGAAAAUCCUGACUGGAUCAGAAAAUCUACAAGAAGUGAAGUCGCUAGAGAUGUGUGUUGACACCAGACAGGACACUUUAGACAACUUUGGAAUAUACUUGCCUAAACUUACACAGCUGAAAAUGAACAACAGUUUGAUCUCAUCUGUGCGGGAUCUGGGAACCAGGCUGUCCCACCUGCAGGUGUUAUGGCUGUCCCGAUGCGGUCUGACCGACCUGGAGGGAAUUCCUGCUCUUGCCAGCUUAAAGGAGCUGUAUGUGGCAUAUAACAGUAUCUCAGACCUGACUCCAGUCAGUAUGCUGGAACACCUGGAGCUCUUGGACCUGGAGGGGAAUAAUGUCGAUGAUCUGGCUCAGUUGAUGUAUUUAGGCUGUUGUGGAAAGCUCAGAACGCUUUCACUGGAAGGAAACCCUGUGUGCACCUGUCCCAGUCCAGGCAUGCCAGAGGUAUUAGACUACAACUACAGGUCUGCGGUCUGUGAGAUGAUCCCUCAGCUUAGCUUCCUUGAUGACGUUCCUGCUGAAGAGGACAAACCUCAAUGCUGUAGAACUUCACAGCAGGAUUGGACUCAUCUCAAAGAAUCGAUCAAAGAUGGUUCAGUUAAUGACAGCCUGGAGAACACAAAUACAGAUAGAGAAGAGAGAUGUGACAGUGUGUGCGGCGUCAGACCUGCUUCAGCCCAGCCUCUCAAUCUGAAAAGCUCCUCCAGGCCAGGCAGUGCCAGACCUUUUACUUCCUGCAGCUGGUCGAGACCAGGGUCACCUGGCUUAGACAUUGCCAUUUUGAACCAGGAAGCCAGUGAUCUAACUAAAGGUUCUGGCAGCGUUUUCUGUGGGAAUCCACUACAGGUUGUUCGAGUACGAAGACAAAAAACAAAGCUCAGAACACCACAGCUCAGCAGUUACGUUCCUGAACACACAUAUAGCUAUGAAGAGUCGAGCAGUGAGGACCGUAGUGGUGUUUUUGCUGAGCUCAGAAGCUGGAGGAUUGAGCACAACAAACAUCUGUUGGCUUUUGAGGACCGGCAGCCGCAGGUAAUGAGAAUCCACCACAGUGAUGAUGACUAUGAUGAUGAAGGUAGCCACAAUCAUAGUUUCAGCAGUGAUGACAUCACUAAAGACAGAACUGUCUGCAGAGACACAAGCUCUCCUGAUUCAUCCGUUCAAUCUCCCUCACCAGAAUGUCUCGAGAUGUUGAGGCUAACGUCUUCAUCAGGCUGUUCCAUGUCUCCCUCACCGCCAGUCUCUGCAGCAGCUCCCCCUGCUGGCCGGAGGAUAACACAGACCCGCAUCAGGAGACUCAGACCUCAUUCUGCUGACAUCAGUAAAGCCAGACCCUCAGAGGAGACUCCUGGGCCUGAUCUCAGAAACCUGUGUCCCCACAGUAUUAUGACUGUAUCAUCUCAGACUGUGUCUCCUCAAGUACUCCACAAACCUCAUAGGCCCUCUGCUAGUCCUGCGGUCUCCCCUCUCAGAGCGCAACGGUCAGAGGAUACUAGGAAUCAUCAAUACUCGGACAUCCAGCACAAACCAAUAACACUCCCUAACACGUUUCCAAAACUGACACCCAGACGUCCACAAACAGCCAACGCUGCCCUGCAGAGGCUUCCAGAACCAAACCUCCUGCCCACUCGAGGAAACACACACUGAUGGAUUGUGGGUCAGAUUAGGUCAUCUUUUCACCACAGGUUUACAGGGUUUCAGAACCACUGUAAUAUCUGUAGAAGUUGUCACAUACAUUGCUGAAUCAUUAGGGGGCGCCAUUUCCAUUAUGAUAAAUGCUUGUUUUUCUCUGCUUUAUUUUAGAUGUAUUCCAUGUUAAAUUGACAGGAGAGUGUCUUGGUCCAUAUUCGUCCCCCGAUAUUAUGUGAACACUAAUACAGAGAAAUAACACUGUAAGUGUCCCAUUGUUGAUGUUAAUGUCAGAGGACUUUCAAUCAUGUUUUCCUGUUGUGGAUCUCUAGCAGCGCAGCAUCCACAUCUGUCAGAUUCCUAACAUGUCUGGUCUUGCAGGUACAGUGUGUGCAGACUCAGAGUAGACGCAGGUGCAAGACUGUUAUUCCAUAUGUUUCUGAAAUAUUUCCCAGCGAUGAUAUGUCAGAUAAGUGUUGUUCUAAGAUAUAAUUAGCCUGUCAAUAAUUUCCACAUGGUCUAAGUUUUUUAAGCAUUUUGGACAGUAUUUAGGUUUUCUAAUAUUUUUUUAAACAUGGUUUUUCAGUGUACAUCCAGAUAUAUAACGUAAUGAUAAAAUAACUAAAUCAAAUAAACAUAAAAUGGCUAAAAUACAGUAAGAAAUUUGUUGGAGGGUUAGAGCUAAAUAUCAAAAGCUGAUUGUUAAUAAAGGCAAAUGGAGAAUUAAAUUAAUUGGUCUUUUUUUCAGUUUCUCUG